CAAAGGGAAAGUUGUUGGGUUUUUACGCAGCAACUGCUCGCCUUUCAGCACGAACAAGCAGCGCAGCCGAGCCGGCCGACAUGUUCAGGGGAAAGUCGGGUUAGUGUGCGGAGCAGCGCGUGCGCGACGGUUUUCUACAAGCAAUCCGGAUUUUUUGUGGAUUUUCAGUCGAUAGAGUCGAGCUUCCGUGGAAGGAUAAGGAGCAGCGAGAUGGGAAACCUGAUACUGGUGGCGCUUCUGCUGGUUCACCUGCCAACAGAGCUGCUGUCCGUUACAGUGACUGUUCCACAGACGGAGAGGACGACGAUGCUGUUUGCCUCUGUGAUUCUGCGCUGUGACUACUCAACCUCAGCGAACCCCCAGGAUGUCCUGGUCUCUUGGAAGUACAAAUCCUUCUGUAAAGAUCCCAUAUUGGACUACUACUCCACAGCCUAUCAGGCAGCUCUGCAGCUCGGUCAGGACCCCGCCAAUGACUGCCAGGAUAGCCAGCGCACAGUUCGUACGGUCAUCCAGAAACGGGGCAUCAAUGAGCCCAUCCUGGGUGUGGACUACAGGAACCGCAAAAUUACAAUUCAAAACAAUGCUGACCUGGCCAUCACUGAGGUGAUGUGGUGGGAUAACGGUGUGUAUUAUUGCACCGUUGAUGCUACUGGUGACACAUCGGGGGACCCGGAUCGUGAAGUCAAGCUCAUUGUGUACCAUUGGCUGACAGUCCUGUUAAUCAUCCUUGGAGGUCUCCUGCUCAUCAUGCUCUUCUGCAUAUGCUGCUGUCAGUGCUGCCCGCAGAAGUGUUGCUGCUAUGUCCGCUGCCCGUGUUGUCCUCAGACAUGCUGCUGCCCAGAAAAAGCUGUGAUGGCGCACAGGAUGCUGAAAGAAGCUAAGAAAGCUAUGGUUCCAUGGAUGAAUGGCCAACCCAUUUAUGCUCCCAUCAGUUCCAAUGUUUCCUCCCAGGGCGUUCCCAUUCUGUAUUCAGGUUCAUACACAGACUACCCAACCAAGCAAAACUUCGCCAUGGCUCCCAUGCAGCUGUCACCGAUGGCCCUGCAGCAUCAGCCCCCGCCUCCUCCUCCACACCGUGGCAACGGCAGUGUGGGCGGCAGCAUUCAAGGUAACAACCUUGUGGUGUUGGACUACCUGGAGAAUCAAGUGAGAGGGCUUGAUGUUGUGGGACCUCAGAUGGCUCCAUAUGCUGUCCAAAAUGUGCCUCUAUUAAAGGCCCAGCCUGCUCCUCCACAAGUCCCCAACACACCAGGGCCUCCCAGUAUGUUGUCAGCGCUGGACGAGAUGGGAGUGACAGGGGUGGAGAGAAGAGUGAUCACUCUGCCUCCUAUUAUCCAGCGUGUUCCCAGCUUUUCUUCACGCAGGAUCCCUGGUGGUGGUGGAGGAGAUGGAGCCAGGUUGGUUCCCAGGAUGUCCAGCCAGUCCAGCGGAAGUACAAACCGCUCUGCAGGUGGUCUCCCCCGCGACAGUCGUGGGUCAAGAGACAGAUACAGAAAUGCGUCUCCUCCCAGGCGGGGGAUCCUGCGUGACUACAAUGAUGAUUUGGAUUGGGACAACAGGCAGGGAAGAGCAUCGCACAGGGGUUCAAGGAAUGAGAGGGAGGGUUCCUCCAGGAGGGGAGGAACUGGAUCCAGGCGCCGUGCCCGAAGCCGUGAUGACCUCAUGGAUGAGCCGCAAGGCAGAGCACCUCGGAGGGAGAGGAGCUACUCACCUCCCCAGCACCGCAACAGGUCCUGGAGCUCAGAUGAAGAGGACAGUACAAGAAGAAAAGGAGGAAGCGGGAAGGACUGGCCAGAGAGGCCCCCCAGCUACUACUCCAUCGACAUCCAGCCACCAUGUAGUAACAACCGGAUGAACUACAACCGCCUUUCUGAUAGAAGCUCCCGUAGCAGCACCAGCGUAGUCAUCUGAAACAUUUCUGUCUCUUGACCUUUUCUUGAAAAUGAAGAUAAAGAAGUAGGUGCCUAAAUCUGUUCAGCCAUCUGGAAGGAUAAAGGUGUUGAGUAAUUUAAUAGUGUGAAUAUAGUGUAUAAGUACCCUGCAUGCAUUGUAUGUAACAGCAUACAAAAUAACUGUUCAGUUAAGGUUGUAUACUGCUAUUAAGUCAUCUUAUUAAUUAUUAAUAUGAUUGAGUGUGGGGCAGCACGGUGGCACUGUGGUUAGCACUGUUGCCUCACAGCAAGAUGGUCCUGGGUUUGAGUCCACCGUCUGGCUGGGGCCUUUC